GUGUGACAUAACCUGUUCAUGGUGUGAAAUCACUGAGAGUGAAAUUUGUCUCAGCCGAGCAGCACACAUCCAGCAGGCAUAAUCACAAUGUAAUUCUCCAAGUGAAUUCGUCAUCGAAUGACCAAGCAAUUUUCGACCAAGCAAAAAUCGAGAUUUAAGAUCAGUCUAAUCGGCCCGUGAAGCCCGUGAAGUCAUCGACUCGCGAUCCACCCAUUGUUCCGGGAUCGCUCUCGUAAUUUGGCUCAACGAAUCGCGAUCUCGAAGAGCACCUCGAAAGAUGAAAGAGACACAAUGUCGGCUUUCAAGACAUCCGCGGCCUAUCCUCGAGGCGACAACGGAGCCAAGCCGAAGAGCAGGAUCUGUCGGCUGACACCUGCGCGAUCGUUGGUACCCUCUUUAAUCGGAAAUACGAGCAAGAGACCGCCGCUAGAAGCCGCCGAGUCUCCGUCCAUGUCGGCUCGAAGAAUCUCCGGCGACCGAAGAUCGCCGAGGAGACACAGCGAAGAUCAGCAGCAGCAGCAGCAGCAGCAGCAGCAGCAGCAGCAGCAGCAGCAGCAACAGCAGCAAGCACAUCAUAGCCCGAAACGUUCGCCAAGGAGACUCCUGUCGUCCUUGAAUGGUGACUCGCUCCACGACGAGAUGGGCUUAGGACUUAAGGCCUUGUCCUCGAUGACAACGACAAAUGUCGACAUCGAGCCUGGCAUGUCCUUUCUCGAAUUCGAGACGUUGUACACUCUGGAGAAGGAGUUAUCGCACGCACGAUACCGCAGUCAGGAUGUGACCGUCUCUCAGCUGGAGGAGAAGCGCGCGGGCUGCACAAGCAUGGGCUGGUGCAGCCCGUCGGGAGGCAAGUGGGGCGUUUAUACGGAACUUCCGCAUCCGCUGUGUCAGCAGGUCGGUGCGGUCGCAUCAAUCGGUGGCUCGCAGUUGACGCGAAUACCGGAGCAGUGUUUCAGCUUUGCACCCGGAUGGUCGUUGAACGCCGAUCACUUUUAUCAGUGGCAGCAUCGUGGAAAAAGCACGCAGCAGAUUUACACGGAUUGGGCAAAUUAUUACUUGGAGCGAGGAGGUAGCAAGAGAAGAGUGAUCGAUUUGCAGGCUGAUCUCUGCGACGGAGUGCUCUUGGCAGAUUUAGUGGAGGCUGUCACCAAUCAAAAGGUGAUCGACGUGAACCGAAAGCCGAAAAGUGCCCAGCAAAUGGUCGAGAACGUGAGUCUGUGCGUGGGAGCGCUGCGGGCCCUGGGCGCGGACGUGGGUGCCGUGAACCCGGCCGAAUUGGCGGCAGGAUCAACCCUGUGGCCGGUUCUCGCCCUGCUGUUCGCCCUGUCGCGUUAUAAGCAACGAGCCAAGCAGCUGCAGGACAUGCCCAGAUUGCCGUCGCCCUACAACAAGCAAUCGUCAGGAGUUGGCGUUGGUGUUGGAGGUGGACCAGGGGGUGGCACGAGCAUACCCCUGCCCGCGACUGUCGCCGCUACCAGAAGAUGCCCUCCGGACAAAGUCAGACCGGCUCCGGCACCGACGCAUCAGUCGCAGCUCGGUGGUCUGAAACACGGAAGUGGUGGGGUGGGCAGCGCGAGCAGUUCCAGGAGCACCAGUCCCAGUCAGCAGCAGUCUCAGCAGUCUCAGCAGAGCGGUCUCUCCUUCAUUCCGCAGCCCAGGAGCCAAAACUCGACGAACCGACAGCCGGCGGCUACGACACCGAGCCCUCGAGCGUCCACGGUAGGACGACCCAACGGCAACGGUAGCGGCAGCGGCAGCGGCAGCGGCAGCGGCAACGGCAACGGCUCGAGGGCUCAACAGACCACCUCGCCUUAUAUCAGCGGGAACGCUGCGUCGGGAACGGUGCAACCCAACAAAAAUUCCGUUCUGGACAAGUUCAAGCUCUUCAACAACAAGGAGAAGAAUCAGGAGCGCGGCAAGGCCUCGUCGGGGGGGACGUCGAAACGCACGUCGAGUUCGUCCGGCUUCUCGUCGGCGCGGUCCGAACACUCGGACAGUUCGACCUCGUUGUGCGAUCAGAGCAAGAGUCAGCAGCAGCAGCAGCAGCAGCAGCAGCAGCAGCAGCAAACCUGUCAAGAGUCGCCCAAGAGUCGUGCGCUCAAGUCGAAGCUACAGUCGGCUGCCAAAUCGGCAAAACAGGCCAGUCCGAAAACAGGCAGGAAGGAACAGAGCAAGGCCCAGAGCAAGAUCGCGCGCACGAAGGCGCCGUCGAGUUGCGUAACGGACAAGUUAACGGCGGCAGCGGCGGCGGCGGCGGCGGCGGCGGCGGCGGCAGCGGCGGCGGCGGCGGCGGCGGCGGCCGCUUACAACAAUCCCGUCUCGCAGGAGCAAACGGAUGGAGGAAGGUUUCCCGGCAAGGUGACCGCUAACAAGUUGCCAAGUGACAAAAAGGAUCUUCAAUCGGUGAAGCAACCGGCGGCUGCUGCUGCUGCUGCUGCGAUGGCGCAACCUCAGAAGAUCAAUCCUUCCGUCUUGACGCCGCCUGGUAGACAAGUGAACGCUCAGGAUAGCGGGAGAAACGCCGGGGCGAGGAGCGAACCGACGAAACCAUCGCCGAGACCCAAGAUGGAACUACCGGGAAAGAUUCAGGCAGACCUGAAGCAGAUUCAGCCGCAAAGCGUGAAACCGCUCCCGAAUGGCUUGAACAAGGAGCUGAUGAUGCACAAGGCCAUCCUGGCGAACACUAACGGCAUUAUCAAGCCGUCCGACCCGAGCGAGAUGACGGCUCGCGAGAAUGACACCUUGGAUCACACUCUGAGUGUGAUGAAUCGGGCGAAUCUGUCGGACGGCUGCAGGGACGUGGCUGCGGGGACCAAGCGGAAAGAGCCGGAAGCCGAGCACAGUCAGCCGAGGACCGUCGCUCCGGACGACGGUCUCUGCGCACCGUCCAAGAUUGUCCGAGAAUUGUCGAGCCGAGACAGAGCGACGACUCGCGAGGAAGAGAUCGAGUCCGCGGACGAACUUCUCGGUGAGAAGAAAACUUCCCUGGCCGAUCCGCCCGCGGAUUCGCUACUGCUGCUCGAUGAGAAAUCGGAGCCGGAUACCGAUGAGAGAGCCGUCAGUCCUCCGCGCGGCGGCAUCAAUCUCAGCGUGAGUUUUGGCCUGAGCGGUAAGCCGCUUCAGGCCUCGAAUUCGAAUUCGAAUUCGUGUCCGAGCGGUCCCGGUGGGCUCAGUCCAGGUUCCAGCAUUCCCAAGCCCACCGCUCUGGUGAAGGGCACGUCGAAACCGCCCAAGGAGAGCUGCGUGGCCGGCGUGCCGACCCCGUGCAAGCCGAAAUGCGACGCUCUCCAUCGGAAGCUCGACCCGAGCACGGUGGCGAUGGUGUCGCCGAUGCCGAGUAUCUCGGACUUAAUGUCCGAGAGCUCGCACAGCAAUUCCAACAGCACCGGUCAGAGCAAUUCGAGCGACAGCAGCGUAAUUUAUAGACCUAGCAGCGAGAGCGGUAGCGAGAUCAAGACGAUACCCAAUCGGAAGAUCGACACCACGUUCGAACGGAUGGAGAAGGUCCUGUCGGAAAGCUCGACCUGCGGUGGGUCUCUGGCGGACGACGAGGCCGAGAUGACGGUGAAGCCCAUGCAACCUCUUCUGCGCGGCUACACACCCGGUGCCCGCGGCUUGCAGACCUUACCGAGUCGCACCAGCACGGCCAGGCAAUACACCGUUUUGCACUCGUCGUCGCAUCACCACGUCGUCGGCCAUCACGAUUACGCCGAUGUAGACGUCGCUUCUGGCUACUUGAGCGACGGCGAGGUGCUACGUGGAGGCGGCAUGAACGUCGGCAACAGGACACUGUCGGAUUUGUGCGACGGAUACAUGUCCGAGGGCGGUGCAUCUUUGUACGCACGUAGGAUCAAUCCUUCCUACAGCCACGAGCACGACCGGUACGUGGGCGGUUCGCGGCGAGAGCUGUCGGGGGUGAAGGAACUGGUGACCUCGAGGCGGGUGCAGAAGAGGCCGUCGGCGGGGGUCGCGAGGUCGGAUGGCGGUGGUGGUGUUGGCAUCGGGGGUGUUGGGGGCGUCAGUCCUGGAAGCGGCGGCGGCGGCGGCGGCGGCGUCGUCGUCGUCGCCGGCAGUCUUCUAGGCGGCUGUAGCGGCGGGAACGACGCUUUGGCGGAACUCACGAUCGAGGAGCUGGCCUCCAUUCCCGCCGGAAAUCACACCUCCGCCAAUCACACGGGACAUCCCUCUCAUCACAAGAGGGUGCCGGGUGGAGGGGGCGUAAUCGUGGGGGGUGGCGGAGGAUCGGCCACCCCCCAAGGGGUGCAGCAAGGUAAUCACAACCUGGUGUACCGUGUGGUGAGCUCGCGACAUCCAGGUCAUCACCCCCACGUGAAGAAGUCUGACAGCUCUCAGCAAACUGAGAGCUCGGCCUUCAAACACCAGCAGCAGCAGCAGCAUCAGCAGCAUCAGCAGCAGCAGCAGCAGCAGCAGCAGCAACAGCAGCAGCAACAGCAGCAAGGCUCGAGCAGUUCCAACAGCCAGCAAUGGAAGAAAUAUAUCGAGGCCGGCGCCGCGAGAGAUCGCGAGAGAGACAAGGAGGGAGCACCCCCGAGCCCUAGUCCCUCCAGAAGAUCGCAGGAUAAACAUCGGAAGCAGGCCAUGGCCGAAUAUGCGAACGGCGAGAAACCGCAGAAAGUUUCAUCGGGCACGUCGACCAGCAGCGGUAGCAGCAGUAAGGUUCGCGGGGUACCGCAAAGUUUUGGCUACGUGAAAAGACACAGCGCCGGCACCACUCCGAGUCCCAACGGGGUUCAGAAUGGCGGCAAAGACGCGACUAGAACGGCCCAGGUCAGCGCGGUGCCGAGGACCAAGGUCAAAGUAUCCGGCGGUACCCAGACUUGCACCACAGAGUUGCAGGCAAACUCGUCGGCGGCGUCCAGUCAAGGUCACCACUAUAAGAGCUACAGUCUCACCGGUCCCAGCGCCAGCCAGCUCUCGCAGUCGGUUCGCGAUCGUCUCAUGCUGGGCUCCCAGAGUCUGCCCAAGCCCGGCAGUCCGGAAUUUACCGCUCUCUUCGCGGCUGCUCAUCAUCGCGAGCGAGGAGCCGGCGCUGGACCGACGAGCGCGUCCUUCUCACCCCGGGUGCUCAAACCGUCCGACGGUAGUCUCAGCGACACGUGCAGCAAUUACGCCGCGCCUGAUCUUCAGGGCUACUACACGUCCAGCAGUCCUUACACCACCUCUUGGAUGAGACACAGCAACACCUACACACCCAGCGGACGAUCGCAAGGGAUGGGUCUGUGCGAGGCGGACAGCGUGGAAUCACUGGGUUCGCAUCGCGCGAGUCUGACGCAUGCUCGUCUUCUGAUGCAUCAAAGGGACUCCACGGGAUCUCCGGCGCCGCCCAGAUUGAACAGAAGCAAUUCCAUCAGCUAUCUGCGGGACAGGACAUUCCCAAGAUCGACCAAGAGCGAAAAGAUGUAUCCGUCGAUGCUCGCGCGAGGAAGCGGUGCCUCGUCGUCGGUGGGCGAGGAGGUCGGGGUUGGAAUCGGCAUGGGGGUCGGUGUAGAGCCGUAUUACAGCGUUCCCGUGGGAUCGGCGGGCUGCACGGGCCAACACUGGUCCCAGCCGACGUCACCGACGCCCACGCACACCUCGCGCCAACCACCGAACCUGUACCAGCAUGUGCACAAGGACGACGACAUUCACGGAUCCUCGGUAUCGCUGGUGUCGACGGCGAGCAGCCUUUACAGCUCGGCUGAGGAGAAGCAGGCGCACGAGUUGAGGAAAUUGCGACGCGAAUUGCUGGAUGCUCAGGAGAAGGUGCACUCACUGACCAGUCAGCUCUCCACAAACGCACACGUGGUCUCAGCUUUCGAGCAGUCACUAUCCAACAUGACCCAAAGAUUGCAACAGCUCACAGCUACAGCUGAGAAGAAGGAUUCCGAGCUUCAGGAGCUCCGAGAGACUAUCGAGAGGCUACGCAAGCAGAGCGCCGAAGCUGGACUAAACAACAACAACGGGUCGUCAACCGCCAACAACGGUCGCCGUCACACCCUAGGCGACUCCGAAUCUGGCACUACCGGCUGCACCGGCAGCAGCGGCGGCGGCGGCGGCGGCAGCAGCGGCGGCAGCGGCGGCAACAAUCACCACCACCAUCAUCAUCAUCAUCAUCAUCAGGGUGCGAUGGCAAGACAAUUGUCCGCGGAUAGCGUAACGUCCUUAAACUCACUGAGCAGCGCCUGCUCGGCCAGCAGCAGUCAUCACAAGAAGAAGGGUUGGUUGCGUAGCUCCUUCUCCAAAGCGUUCUCGAGAUCGCGCAAGAACCGUCACGGCUCGGUGUCGGACGCUGAGGACUGCAAAGAGAGCACCGGCGGUGACUUGAGCGCCCCGAACAGCCCUAGACUGCCGACCGCUGUGAAGCACGACUCGCCGAGAGGACCGAGAGGCGAAGCAGCACGGAGCAACGGUCAAAAGUCGCCGGAUCACGAGAAUCCCCUGUCGGGCAGCAAGAGCAGCUCGGCUCUGUACAAGAAGGAGGACGAGGAUGUGGACGAGCUGAAGAAACAGCUGCGAGAAAAGGAUCUGGUGCUCACGGACAUUAGACUCGAGGCGCUCUCCUCGGCGCAUCAGUUGGAGUCCUUGAAGGACACGGUCAUCAAGAUGAGGAACGAGAUGUUGAAUCUCAAGCAGAAUAACGAACGUCUGCAACGGCUAGUGACCUCCAAGUCUCUCACCUCGUCGCAGUCCUCGCUACCCAGCGAUCCGGACCGUCGCUUCAGCAUGACCGAAGUGGCAUCGAGUGUCGCGGCUCUAUCAAACGGCGACGCUAGUUCCACGGCGGACCAACUGGAGGAGCUCAACGUGCCGGAACACACCGUGGUGCCGUCGAGCGCGACGUCCGCAGAACCGGUCCUCGAACAGGACACGGACGGCAAGAGGAUCAACGUAGCCGUCUACCUUGGCAGUGAGAAGAACUUCAACUACAACCUCCUAGUCACCGGCAGUUCCUCCGCCGACGGUAGCCUGGGUGGUGAGCCGCCGCAUUGCGUGAUCGCUAACGUGUGUAUCAGUAAUAAGACCAGCUGGGACGCGCUGGACUCGACUGUGAGACGUUGCUUCAAGGAGUACGUCUCCAGGGUGGAUCCCGUGACGAAUCUGGGCCUCGGUGUCGAAUGCGUCGCCGCGUAUCAUCUCGGUGAGGCUUCCAGAUGUACCACCGACUCUCAGCAUCCCGAACUGUUGCCCUGCGGUUACUUGAUCGGCCACGUGAAGACUAUCUACUUGGUGCUGUCGGGUUAUUCUUGGCUCGCGGUAGACACCCUGAUACCGCGCUCCAUCGUCCAGCGACUCGUCUCCCUGCUGACUGAGCAUCGUAGGGUGAUCCUGUGCGGUCCGAGUGGUACCGGCAAGAGCUACCUGGCUGGAAAAUUGGCGCACGCUCUGGUGGACACCGACAACGAUACCAAAGACGCUGCGGCUGUCGCGACAUUCAAUGUGGAUCAUAAAUCCAGCAAGGAAUUGCGCCAGUAUCUUGCCCACAUCGCCGAGAGAUGCGACUCGAAUGCCGCCGACGAACUGCCGAGGGUCAUUAUUCUAGAGAAUCUCCAGCACGCCGCGUCACUCGGCGAGCUGUUCAGCGGCCUCUUGGGAACCAGGCAUUCCUCGUGUCCGGCAAUCAUCGGCACCAUGAGCCAAGCUACUUGCAGCACCACCAAUUUACAAUUGCAUCAUAACUUUAGGUGGGUAUUGUGCGCGAAUCAUAUGGAGCCAGUCAAGGGAUUUUUAGGACGCUAUUUGAGAAGGAAAUUAUUGGAGCACGAAUUGCGAGAGUGUGCGGGGACGAGGAAUGCAGAAAUGGCAGCGGUGGUCGAAUGGUUGCCACGUGUAUGGUUGCAUCUCAACAAGUUCCUAGAAACUCACAGCAGCUCAGACGUCACCAUAGGACCACGGCUCUUCCUGUCCUGUCCAAUGGAAGUGGCCGGCUCGCAGGUGUGGUUCACCGACCUGUGGAAUUAUUCGGUGAUACCGUACCUAGUGGAGACAGUCAGGGAGGGCUUGACGCUGUACGGAAGACGCGUUUGCGGAAAUGGCAAUGGAGAGUCCACUUGGGAAGAUCCGGCGCAGUUUAUCACGUCCAGUUAUCCCUGGCUGUCCACACACGCCGUGCACGGCGGUAGUGACGCUCUUCUACGUCUGAGACCCGAAGACGUAGGCUACGAUGUCGUCUCUAGCGGCCAUACUUCUGGCGUGGGAGCUUCCAGCGUCAAGAGUCUCGGAAGUACUCACAGCGAUACCGAGGGAGAUCCUCUGCUUAACAUGCUGAUGAGGCUGCAGGAGGCAGCCAAUUACUCGAGUCCCCACAGCAACGACAGCGACUCGGUGACAUCCCUCGAUUCGUCGCAUACUCGCCACUCGGAAGAUUUGAGCAGUUCCACGUCUUCGUCGAGAGGAGUGGAAUCGGCACUCUGAAGCUCUCAUCGCCGAAAAGUCGACCUACCGUGUAUGUCGACCGCUCAAUAAUUAAAGAUACCGGAAAAGUAAGGAUUGAUAAGUCCCGCAAUUACGCAAUCAUUCCGAUCGCCGAAUAAUCUAAAAAGCAAGGAGAUUAAUUACCAAUUAAAGAAUAACUAUACACAAUAAAUAUCUUUACCGAAUAAAAUUAUCAGUAAAGCACCUCUAAGAUUAAAGGCCGAGAAAGAUUACGAAAGAAAGUUACGAAUAUCGUUAAAUCUCGUAUUUUCGCAAGCAAGAUGAGAACCGGGGUAAACCGUUGCGCGAGAUUAUCUACCUUUUAUCGCAGCGAAACGUCGUGAAGGGGAAGGGGAAGGGGAAGUCUCGCGCGCGCGCGCGGAAAAACCCCUCUGAAGCGCAAUGAGUUUACAAAAAAUUACAAAGCGCUAGAUAUUUUAAGAUCGCGCGAUACGAAAUACAACUUUGUAAUAACUCAAGAGGGAUAUUAAUUAAUUGCCUAGCCUAGAGAGCUGGCCUAGAUUCUUCAAAGUUCUAUGUGCGUCCAGCGCUUAGGUGUGAUAUGUAAUUAAGUGAACGAACGGCAAUGACGAAUGUACGAUGACUCCUCGCUUCACGAAGGAGAGACAAAACGAGAGAAAUUGACUGUUUUUUUUCUUUUCUUUCCAGAAUUCUCGCAAAGACGAAAAAUUGCAUUUAUUUUUCUUGUUUUUUUUUUUUAUUUUCUUUUGGGACUCUUGGGUCGUUCUUGUUUGACUUUUUCUUGUUUGAUUUUUCGAAUAAAAUUAAUCCCAAUGCUGAUAGGAGAAAUGUAAUUUCUCUUAACAAAGAUGUAUUAUCUUUUUCUUUGUUUCCUUCCUCGUUUCUUCUUUAAUUCUUCGCAUCACUGCAAUUUGUCCCACAAAGAGCUUACCGAUACAAGUAUAUCUCAGAGGCGCGAUGUUUGUUGCAGAGUGAUAUUUUCCAUCAAUUUCUUUCCGUUUGGUUACUUUUUCGCGAAGCGUACGCGCAAACGUAAUGCAAUAAUCUCCAUGCUGUCGUUGCGGAAUUAUAUUUUAGAGGGACGCAUUUUUUACUCGCGACGAGACGGUGCGCAAUUAAAGAACAUCUCGUCGAUCUUGUCAUUCGGUGUAUACAGUAUUAUGGCGGAACGAUAAGAAAGAGCGGUUUCGAACCGGGGAAUCCUCAGAGAAUAGAGAUUCCUCUCUCGUCCGAUUAUUUUUCAGAUAAAAAUUAUCUAGACACAGACUUAUAAAGAUCUCGAGGACAAAUGACGAAUCGCAAACUUUCGCUUGUAUCGCAAAAGAGAAGCGGCGAAAUACAAAGAGCGAGAAAGAGCAAGCAAGUUGGAAGAAAGCGGUUGUAGUCUGUGCAAAAAGAUAGUCUAUUUAUACAUACUUUGCUACAAAAGCUCUAUUUAAUUAAAAAUGUUAAUAUAAUAUAAUAUAUAAAUAGUAUAUACAUAUGUAUGUGUAUGUACGUGUGUGUACGUAUAUACAUACGCACACGUCUAUACCUGAAUGACGAUGGCGCUAACGUGUAUGUGCGUAUGUAUGUAUGUGUGUGUGUACAUGUAUAUAUAUAUAUAUAUACACAUAUACAUACAUACACACAUACACACACACAAACAUAUACAUACACGUGUGUGUGUGUGUGUGUGUGUGUGUGUAUGUGUACAUAUGUAUACAUAUGCACAUGUGUACAUAUACACAUGUACAUAUGUACAUACGUAUGCAUGUAUACAUAUAUAUUACAAAUGGAAUUUCUAGCUAAACUAAGGUAACGUCGAUAAUUCUGGUCACAUAACAUUGUGUAAAUACGAGACAAAGCAAGAUAGACUACAUUAAGCGCGCGAGUUCAAUUUAUCAAGACCCAAAAUUUGUGAUUCUUGAUAUCUCUUGCGAUAUCGUCCCCUUGCACUUUUCUAAAUUUUCGUAACAAACAACAACUCAACCUCAACUCGAUCCGAUUUUCGACGAAUUUCAACAUGGAUGAUAACGGCGAUUCAAUUUUUAGUUCGACUGUACAAUACAUACAUUUAUCUUUUUCUUUUUUCUUUUGCGAUUAAGAACCACUAUUGCAGUAUCGUUGCUUUUAGCAAUAUCACGAUAGUCAAUUUUAUUUAAUUUUUAUUUUAUUUCAUUCUAACAUUUUAAUCGUGAUGCUGAUAUAUAUAUAUAUAUAUAUAUAUAUAUAUAUAUAUAUAUAUUCCAGAUGCACAAUUUUCUAAAAAACGAAGCGAGCUUAACAAGAUUUUUGAGUAAAGGAAAAAUGUGAAAAAUACAAGCAAAUACAGUCGGCAUUUGGGAUAACAAUUAAACGACCUAGAUCACACGGGAGAUGUAAGGCGGGGAUCACACGAAAACUAUACAUAUUGUAUAUGAUCGGUGCCCUACUACGACAGGCACGUCAACGUAUAAUAUA